AUGGCCUCAGAAAGGAAUUACCCAUAUAAAGCUAAAGAUAGGGCUUGCAAUUCCACACUUGAACAGAAGAAAUUUGCUACUAUUGACAGUUAUAGUUAUUGGUAUCACACACCUAUAUCCGAAAGUUUUCUCCGUUGUCUUGUUUUUAAGCAACCUAUUAGUGUUUCCCUAUAUGCAAGCCCGCAUUUUAAGUCUUACAAGGGUGGAAUCUUUAAUGGGAACGAUUGCUCAAGCAUCGGUUCCUGUGAACACAAUCAUGCUGUAUUAAUUGUAGGAUAUGGUUCAACCAGUGAUGAUCAAGACUAUUGGAUUGUCAAGAACUCAUGGGGACCCUCUUGGGGACAAGGUGGCUACAUCUUCAUCAAAAGAAACACCGGUGCUGCUCACGGAGUAUGUAACAUAAAUUGUUCUGGUGCAUAA